AGGAAACGUUUAUUUUAUAUAUUUAUAGUGGCAUUACGGAUUUUUGUCUUCCAUCAGUGCGUCCUGGGUCAGAACUGGCUCAAAGCUGGAAACUAGGGCCAACGCACCAUGGAGACUGGACAGAGAACGUCUCGAAAAGUCCGGAAGCUGGGCUCCAACCGGCGGCGGCAGACAAGAGAGCCAGCUGAUGGUGAAGACGCUGCAGUGGCCCCAGAGCCAGAGUCUUGGUCCUCUCAGGCAGCGGCAGAACUGCAGGCUUUCUUCCAGGACUGUGGUGCCAAGGAGAGGGGCUUUGUCACCCGCGAGGACCUGGCGGUGGCCAAGUUCAGCUUCCUGGGCAGCAAGGAAGAGUCAGAGAUGAUCUUCGACUGGGUGGACGUGGAGCGGAAGGGACACCUGUCCCUUGAAGAAUUCAGCUCUGGACUCAAAAACAUCUUUGGCUCCAGCCAGAGCCCCCACAGGCUCCACAGAAGGAAGCCACUGCCCUCUAAGCGGGUAUGUGCUACCACCAGCUUCCCAGCUCUGGAGGAGGCGGAUGCUGAGGAGAAGGAGGCGUUCCUUGCCUUCAUGGAGCAGCUGGGGACUGGACACUUACUUCCCAAGCAGACGGAAAUCUGGCAACUGUGGGGGCAGCUGCGGCAGGAGGAGCCCCAGCUGGCAGGCAACCUGGCAGGCUUUCUGGCCAAGAUGACCAGCCGCCUGCAGGAGGCCCAGGCGGACAAGGAGGCCCUGGAGCUGACCCUGAGGAAGCGUGACUCUGACCACCACCGCGAGGUCCAGCAGCUCUAUGAGGAGAUGGAGCAGCAGCUCCGCCAGGAGAAGCAGCAGCUGCAGGCUGAGAGCGACUCUCGGGGCCUGGCCCUCACCUCCCAGAUGCAGGACGUCCUAGAGGCCAAGGAGCGUGAGGUGCAGCGACUAGCUGAGGGCCAGAGGGAGCUGGAGGCCCAGCUCUCCCACCUCAGGAGCACACAUCAGGAGGCUGCCUCAGAGAACCAGCGGCUGCAGGAGGCCAAGCGUGACCUGGCUGGGCGGCUGGAGGAGGUGCGGGGGCAGCUGCAGGUGACCAGGGGGCGCCUGGACGCCGCCAGGGGCCGGGUGUCCUGGCAGGUGGAGGAGAAACUGAGUUUUCCUGGAGCGGGUGAGAAGACCCCAGACCCUCAGGCUGCCUCCCCUGAGGAGGCCCCCCUGCCUGGGCUAUUUGGGGACAACGAUGACUGGGACCAGCUCCUGAGCAACUUUGGCAGCCCUCCGCACGGAGCCCUGCAGCUCUGCUGGAGCCCGCCCCCAACCCCAAGAACCACCUCAGGCCCCCAGACACCCCGUGUGGUCAGGCAGAUCUCCAUCUCGGAGCCACAGGCUUUUCUAUUUGGUCAGGAGCCAUCUUCAGAUCCAGAUGGGGCUCCAAGGACCCCGCCUGGGGUGACUUUCAGCGCCAAGGACAAUAAAGGAGUGGACCCAGAUGAGCAGGACAUUAGAGCAGAGCAGCCUGUUGAACCGCACGACCCGGACCCCAACCAGGAGCCAGGGUCCACACCCGAGGGCCGCCUCCUCUGGGGUCUCUCAGGAAGCCUGGUGGCACCUGCAUUCAAAGUGCUCAUUCCUUUGGAGGAUGGGCCCCCUCCCCCUGCGAACUCUCCCCCUCCCCAGGCCCCAGCUGGGUCCAGCAAACAGAUCCAGGCCUCAGACCCAGAUGACAAGGGCCCUGGGUCUUGGGCUCCUCCCAGCGGGGCUCAGCCUGGGGCUGGAGCAGGACCCCAGGAACCCACACAAACCCCUCCCACCAUGACUGAGCGGGAAACCCAGCCCGGACCCUCACCCACAACUGCCCUCACAGGAGUGGGCCCAGCCAAGCCGCCCAGGCAGAGAGAUGCCCUCCAGCAGGACCUGCAUGCCACUGGCUCUGAGCCAAGACUGGGGACCCAGAGGGCUAGAGCCCUCACCCUGGGGCCAGCUGAGCCCUUCCAGGGCCUGGAAUUUGUGGGUCCGGUGCCCACAGAGAGGCUGGAGCAGGGCCAGGCGGGUCCAGCGGUGCAGGAGGGCCUUCCUGAGGGGCUGAGAGAAGCUUAUGGCCAGGUCCUUGGGCUGGGUGAGCUGCCUGCCUUCCCCCACCAGGGGCUGGAAGAGGAACCCAGGUCUGAGGAAGGAAAACAAGAGGGCCGAGGUGGGCAGGACCUCAGUUCAGAGCAGUCAGAGCAGUCGGUUGAGGCUCACGGCCUAGAAACUGCGCAUUCGGAACUCCCCCAGCAAGACUCUCUGCUUGUUUCUCUCCCAUCUGCCACACCACAGGCUCAGGUGGAAGCAGAAGGCCCCACUCCUGGAAAAUCGGCACCUCCAAGGGGCUCUCCUCCCGGGGGCGCUCAGCCUGGGGCUGGAGCAGGACCCCAGGAACCCACGCAAACCCCUCCCACCAUGGCUGAGCAGGAGGCCCAACCCAGGCCAUCCCUCACGACUGCUCACGCAGAAGAACAAGGCCCGCCUCACUCCAGGGAACCAAGGGCAGAGAGCAGGCUUGAAGAUCCAGGAAUGGACUCCAGGGAAGCUGGGCUGACCCCAUCCCCGGGAGACCCCAUGGCUGGAGGGGGACCCCAGGCCAACCCUGAUUACCUCUUCCAUGUCAUCUUUCUGGGAGACUCCAACGUGGGCAAAACAUCCUUCCUGCACCUGCUGCACCAGAAUUCCUUCGCCACCGGAUUGACAGCUACCGUGGGAGUAGAUUUUCGGGUCAAAACCUUGCUGGUGGACAACAAGUGCUUUGUGCUGCAGCUCUGGGACACGGCUGGCCAAGAGAGGUACCACAGUAUGACGCGACAGCUGCUCCGCAAGGCUGACGGGGUGGUGCUCAUGUACGACAUCACCUCCCAGGAGAGCUUUGCCCACGUGCGCUACUGGCUAGACUGUCUCCAGGAUGCAGGGUCGGAUGGGGUGGUCAUCCUUCUCCUGGGAAACAAGAUGGACUGUGAGGAGGAACGGCAAGUGUCCGUGGAAGCUGGGCAGCAACUGGCUCAGGAACUGGGAGUCUAUUUUGGGGAGUGCAGUGCCGCCUUGGGUCACAACAUCCUGGAGCCUGUAGUAAACCUGGCUAGGUCACUCAGGAUGCAAGAAGAAGGCCUGAAGGACUCGCUGGUGAAGGUGGCCCCCAAGAGGCCGCCCAAGAGAUUCAGCUGUUGCUCCUGAUCACCUGUCCUGUCCCGGGUAGGAUGGACACCCGCAGGGUUUCCUGUCCCUCAGCUCCUGUCCUUCGUUCCUGGACAGCAACGACACAGAGGACCAGCUUGGAGGUUCAGGAAAACCCUUCUCAACUCAGGACUCGGAUCCCAGAGCAGGGCCGCAUCACCUCUGCCUUUCACACUCCAAAGGAGGGCUUUGCUGAGUGAACAAGGCUUGGGGGGCAGGGGUAUGGCAAAACUCUCCAAACAAAGAAAGUCUAGAAAAACGACUUAAGGAAAAUACACCAAAAUAUUGGCCACACA